GCGUACCAGAGUGUAAAAGAGAAAGCGCGUAGGUAAUCAUAUUCAAAUCAUCUAUGUGUGUCGUGAGCUGAAGCGGGCAUAUAUAAAGUGUAGCGACAUAAGCAAAGUUUCGAGCGAAUAUGGAACAAAUUGUCAAACUCUCUACAUAUACGGUAUGUUUAUAGUGUAUCUUGUUUAUAUAUAUCGCGUGUGGUCGAUAGCUUGCGUAGAUGCGUUAUUUCUGGUCGCCAGGUUGUGUCAUUGUAUAUUUAAUACGUACUAAUCUAAUGAGGAACGUUAUUAACCGAAUAUAUCUACUCUAGCCCACGUACUGGGAAUUGCUGUUUGUUAGUUAAAUACGAAUGUUAUUGAAUAUAUAAGUCUGGUAGGGUUGUAUAUAAUGAAAUACGAUACAGCACUUACGUGAGGAGGUAACAGAAUAUGUCUAAGAGGAAACUAUUCAUUUAAUUUAAAAGCGUAUUUAUAAAGAGCCAAGGUAAAAUCCCUUUGACGUACCUACAUGUAUAUAUGUAUCACGCUAUUCGAUGUCAUUCUGGCGCAUGAAAAUGACUCCUUAGGCCAGAAUUCGUUCCUAAAUUGUGUAGCAAGACCUGAACUACCAAAUAUUUGCGCACAGCUGCUCGAUUACAUACGCCAAAAUGACAAUCGCACUGAAAGCGAUCAACAGCUCAAAUCAAUCUCUUGCGUCACCUUAUUAAUGUAUUUUGCGUCAAAUUUGGAAUUCGAUGCAGGGAAUGGUAAAAUUCUCAUUUCGAAGUUUAAAAGCGCUGCUGAUAAUUUCGAUCGUAUAAGGAAAUUAAUACAAUGUUUGAUGGGAAAAUUGACUUUGAGAGACAGAGCUAUUUAUAACCAAAAGGCAGUCAAUUUUGACGUUCAGAUGCCAAUCUACGUACAACAAAACGCACCAACAAGUCAACAGAAUAUUUUGUCAAUUUUUUUGCCCGUAUUAAGUGAAGCAAAACCGACCCGAAUGACAAAAUACAGACAAGACACGCGGAAGGUCAAUUCAAAUAACACUCUCAGUUUUUUGCUGAAGCUAUUUGCAUACACAGAUGGUGACUUAUUACUGUUUACAUUGAUAUUAGACUGAAAAUGAUGCCGCAUUUGGGGAUGGUAAAAUUGACCCAAAUAUGGAUCCAUUAAAGUGCGCAAGUCAGACAAAGAAAAAUUGUGGUACAAAGAAUGGCCUAAUCACAUCAGAAUUACUGGAUGUUUUCUUAUAUGGCAAGCGCAAAAUCCAAGGGAUCGAUUUGGAAAACGCGAAACGGCAAAAGAUUGGCCAGGGGAAAUGUGUCAAGCCAUUAAAAAGUGAGUAGACUAUUUUUUUCAUUCGUCAACAUAAUUUCGACGCGUAUUGACAAACGUUCUGCACUUAGCUCGCUGAACAAAAGACAGUCAAAGAAUAUUAAUCUCUUUUUGUCGCUAGAAAUUGACAUGAAAAGACAAGUCCAGAACCUGUUUCGCAACGCACGGUUAAGAAUGCGUUCCGUGUCCCGAAAAAAAACUCCCAUGGUCCAAAACUGUUAGGAGAAGUUGCCCAAUCAUGGGGAAGGUUUUAAUUCCCCUUGGAAGCCAAAAUUUGGUCGAAUACAGCGCGUUUGAACAACAUAUUUCGUGCAGGAAGUCGCAUAAAAGUCUUUGAAUGAGCGCAGCGAUGCGAGACUGUGCGCAUGACUGACCUCACUUUGUCAGACAAGGCAAAGGCGAAAAAGUUUGCCAUUCUUUUGGAUUUUUUUCGCAUUUCCAAAGAUAUUUUAUGAAUGCUAAACUUCUGUGGUAAUUUUGAAGUAAAUACGGCAGGAUUUCGCUCGAAUUUUCACCAUCCAUAAUCUGCUUGACCAAACACAUUUUUUUCUAAUUGCAAUUGAAUUAGAAUGAAGUGGUCAAAUAUUUCGUGUAUUGUGGCCGUGCCUAUAGCAACCUUUGAGGACAAAAUAUUGACCAAGAGAGCUUCAACAUAAAGUGGUUUCCUCAUACACGUAAUAUCCAGUUAAAAGUCUUUAACUUGGUCUUAGACUACGAGUUUUUAUCCUGUUUGUCUGGUUCGAACUGGCUUCAGGCCCGACAGCAGAUGUUGCUAUGACAUUAUCAUGCGGCCUUGCUUUAUGGUAAUUACGUCAUUAAUACUGCAUAAUGACUUAUAAACCAAGGAUGCAUAUCUUGUUUAUUAAAAUACCUCUAUACGGAUUUAAUACCGUUUAAAGUAAUGUAAUUAACUUGGACACUAAACCUUUUUAUAACCAGAAAGGUUUAAAAUGAUGGUUUGAAGCAUCACACAUAUAUAUAAAAGUGAAUCAUGUAUACAAUCAUGACAGAGCAGAGUCUGCAGUCAGUCAGCGAUGUUGAUUUGAAAAUAUUUUGACACUAAAAUGAGACAUACAUGCAGUAUACGAUCUUAAUUUUGGUUAGUUAUCUAUUUCAGUCAGUGUAAAUGACAGCUUUUACAUGGUCAUACAGCAGCGUUUCCCCUUGUGAUAGUAACUCGUAGUUAUAUAUUAAUAUUUAAAUACGUAAACAAUUACAUGAUAAUUUUCGUUCAAGCCUGCUUUCAGCAAAAUUGAAAACAGUUGAAACUGCACGCCUUGGAUACCAUACUUCAAAAGUAAAUACAAAAAAAGACGAGAUUUGAAAAGCUGGCAUGACCAGCUUUUGAACAAACACAAACAAAUGAACGUUUUGUGUGAGUUGGUUCCACACUGGGCAAGUUGAAGUUCAGUGCCUGACCACGGUGAGAAUCGAACCCGCGACCUUUGAGAUUCUGGUCCAAUGCUCUACUGAGCUACGAGGUCAAGCGGUUCGAGUUGUUGAUAUUUCGGAACUGAGUCUAGUUUCCUUCGAUAUCAAUGUAUUCUAAGAUAUGAUACUUUUUGUGUGUGUUAGUGUUAUGUACUCAGGUGAGUGUGGAUGUUUGUGAUGUUAUUCUGAGUGUGCAUCCUCAGCGCGGGCUAGCUGAAAAGUUCGCCGCGAAGCAAAACUUGCUCACCUGUAUAGGGGGCUUAAAUUGUACGAAAAACUCGACCUACUGCAUGUGUGGCCAUUUAAAAAUAAUAUUUUAAGUAGUUCCCCUUCUAUCAGACACCUUUCUGCUUUCAAGACAAGGCUACUUGGGCGGUGUGUAACAGUUUGCCUGAGGGCAAUAAUAACUGAAAUAAUUUCAAAGGAUAUUGCCCAUUCUUCUGCUCUUUUCAAACUUUUACUGCGAACUUUUAAUAUGUAAUAACUAGUAGUUGUAAAUUUUAAGCAAAUUUUUGUUCUUAUUUUUGAAAGAAUAUAAAUAUAUUCAACAAGUUUCGCACACGCAAUUUUCAAUUGAUAGUGUGCAGUUUGCUGACUUUACUUAUAUUUGAUUGCUCUGUCAGUUGUCAACUGUUCCCUAUAACGAUCCGAUAGGGGUUUCGAUACUAAAAACAGAGUGUCACAAUGGAACGGAAAUUUUCGACAUCCACUGAAGAACAAUUUUGAUCAGACAUGCAUCACCGCAUGCAAUUGAGGCUAUAUACACUUCUCUCAGUCAAUAAGAAUUAAAAGAAUUCUAUUUUUGUUAUUGGCAUUUUUAUAUUGACGUACAUAUGAGUAAUUAUAUUUAAAAUUGAAAAAUGGAAUGAAAAUUAAAAAUGGCGCUAGCUCAAUGAAUCAGGGUGUAACUAUAUAUAGAAACAUGGGAACUUACUGUUACGAGCGCUGUUACCUAGAAAAACUUGAACUUCCUUUGUAUGUCGAAUUCAUUAAUAGAAGCAUGGUUUUACCUAGUUGUUCAAAGAUGGAUCAGCGCUAACUCUCGGUUCAAAUUAAACCGGCUGAAUUAUGUAUUUCUGUUUAUUUCAACACUUCAACGAAGAAAACUGCUACUGAUUCAGACAAGAUUUUUAAAGAAAUAUAAUUUCUAAAUUUAUUUAAUUUUUGAAAGUUGGCUUUGAAUUUUAGGUUAACCUUGCGUUAAUUUAAGCUAAUCAGAAUAAGCAAGUGAACAAAAAAUUAACUAUGAAAUCAGUCGACAAAGUUUUGACAGUAAAAUUACAAUGCCAUAAAUUGGCACUAACCAUAGUAUAUUUUUGUACUAUACAAACAGAAUACCGUGAGAUAAUAAACUGUUUGUUGUCAGGAAUAGAGGAAUAGCCUAUUUCGACCCCAGUUUUGAGUUUGAAGGUAAAUGUGGGCCGAUCAAAAGACAGUCCAUGGAUAACGACAAUGUACAGUACCGAAAUAUCCCGUGGGCGUUUCGGGAAGUCUCGCCUACACUUGAAAAAAUGCAUUGUUAUGCAGAAUGGACAAUUUCCCCUGCUCGUAAAAGGAAGCUAUAUCUUGAAAUACUGGGCCAAUUUUCAUAACAGUAUCCUUAAUUUGAAUACAACAGUUUCUCUAUACCAGAACAAGCGCCUUUCACCUGUGAGUUCGUGAGUUUGAUUCUCGCUAUGGACUCGUGUGAAAAGAGUCAGUCAACGCUCUGCCGAAAGUCGUGGGUUUUCUCCGGGUUGUCUGGUUUCCUCCCACAGGGAAAGUUGACAGGGUGGGUUAGGAUAAACACAGUUUAGAAAGUAAUAUCUCAAUUGUUGUAAAGAUAAAUAGUCUAGGCUAGUAAGUAACAUGAGCGUAAUACUUCAUGUAAUACUUCAUAUACUUCACGGUCACUGAAAAGCCCCAAUGGGGAGUGAGCUGAUAAUAAUGUAUGAAUGUAUGUAUAAACUACUCCAAACUCAUCGCAAUCCUAUAAUCCCAGUCCUGACCCUAAUCCUUCUGAUCUUGACAUUUCUGGAUAUCUUUGCACGGAAAGUCAGUUGCAGGGAAAGCUUUCUAAAUCCUGUUUAAUUAAAAAAAAACCGUUUGACCUCCGUUGUUCAAGCCCACACGAUUGUUCUCUAUGACGGGAUUGUUCUCAAAGGCUGGAUUAUUCUACACUUUGAUUCCAGGAAGAAGGAAGUAAAGUUGGUCAUUUUUAGGAGACCGACUGAUUGAUAUUCAAGUGAAUGUUGAAGGGCUUUUAUAGAUGAAAAUAUCGAGUAAACACCAUAUACUUUUUAGACCUGACCGCGGCAGGCUAGCAACAUACGAAAAGUACAUCCAUAUACCCUCCGACAGGAAUCGAAUCAGCGCUCCCUUGUCUAAAUUUAACGGAAGAGAGGAACAUUUAUUUUUAGAUCUUAAGAAGCGGAUUGUAUUGUAUUUAUUCGGUACAAUAGGUUGGCUUCCCAGUCCACUUUUAUGAUGGUAUAAGAUUCAGUAAAUUGUGAACUGUAAUAUUAGAAGGUUUAUACAUUCACAUUGUGCGGGCUUUUGUAUUUAUUUAUUAACGAUAUUUACUAAUCAGCAAAGGUGAAUUCAAAAUACAUAUCUUCCUCAUCUGAAGCAGGUUGAAUAUCAAAUUCCCUUCUAUUAAAUUUUGGUAAAAUCUGUUUUGGUUCUUAACCAAGAUAGUAAUAGUUUAUUUCAAUUACUCUGUCCAAAUCGUUGUUCAGAAACUAAUCCGACUAUUCACUAUAGGUUGCGAAUCUUGUCGGAAACCUCACAAUGGACCGUGUUAUACGAGUGAACCACAAAAAUCUAUCCGUCAGGUGGUCGGUAAUGCGAUACACGAUAUCAGACUGACAUACGCCGUCUUGUCAUUUCCCGGUGAAGUUCAACUAUGCACCUCAAGCAUCCCAGGUUACAGUUAUGGUGUCUCUGCCAAGCUACCCUUCCCGAUAGGCACUUGGAUAGGACCGUACGAAGGGAAACGAGUCAAAGCCGAAGAGAUUACGACGAAAAGCGAUUCAAACUAUGUCUGGGAGGUACAGUGAUGAAAAUAUUGUACUUUUUACGGAUAUUAGUAUUAAAGUGAAUUUUAACAGGCUGUUUUACCUUUUGCUUUUCCGUGGCUCGUAAAUGGAGGUAUCUACCUAAAAAGUCAAAUAUUUAUACCGUUUGCGCUCACCCUAGGAAAAGCAAAAACGCUUCCCAACAAAUUCAGAAACACAUUUGUUUGCCAUAUGUAUUUUUAUUUGCGAAAAGUUAAAAUAAUGUUUCCUGGUUUGCCCACCUUUGGAAAACAUGGAUACAAAACAAUGUUUCCUGGUUUGCCCACCUUUUUGAAACAUGACUAGGAAACAAUGUUUCCUAGUUUGCCCACCUUCUGGAACAUGACCAGGAAAUUUGCCCAUCGUCUGGAAACAUGGCUAGGAAACAAUGUUUCCUGGUUUGACCAUCUUUGGGAAACAUGGCUAAGGAAUAAAGUUUCCUGGUUUGCCCAUCUUUGGGAAACAUGGCUAGGAAACAAUGUUUCAUGGUUUGCCCAUUUUUGGAAAACAUGGCUAAGGAACAAACAUGCCUGGUUUGCCCAUGUUUGGGAAACAUGGCUAGGAAACAAUGUUUUCCUGGUUUGCCCAUCUUUGGGAAACAUGGCUAAGGAACAAAGUUUCCUAGUUUGCCCAUCUUUGGGAAACAUGGCUAGGAAACAAUGUUUCAUGGUUUGCCCACUUUUGGAAAACAUGGCUAAGGAACAAACAUUCCUGGUUUGCCCAUCUUUGGGAAACAUGACUAGGAAACAAUGUUUCCUGGUUUGUCCACCUUUGGGAAACAUGGCUAGAAACAAUGUUUCAGGUUUGCCAAAACCAUCAGAAAAACAUGGUCAGGAAACAAUGGUUUGCCCACUUUUGUGAAACACGGCUAGGAAACAAUGCACCCUGGUUCGUACACUUUUGGGAAGCAUGGCUAGGAAACAAUGAUUCUCUUGACAACAGUGUUUCGUGAUAUUCCUUUCACGAGUCUCUUGUUCUUCCGGUGAAUGCGUAGUGGUCGGUAUUUGAGCUCAAAUACUCAUCAAUUCCAGUCCUUUGAACUUCUUCCCCAUUUUAUCAGAUCACAUAUACGUGUAUAUGGUAACAAUCCUGCUUCCUUCAAAGGGUCACCAGCAAUAAUCACAGUAUAAUUUUCUCCACAGAUUUACGAAAACGGCAAGUUCUCGCAUUAUCUUGAUGGCAAUGAUGAGAAUAACUCGAGCUGGAUGAGGUUCAUACGCUGUGCUCGUCACAAGGACGAACAGAAUAUGGUCGUAUUUCAGUAUGGUAACAAUAUCUACUACAGAGCUGUGCGUGACAUCCCCGCGGGAACUGAACUUCUCGUGUGGUAUAAUAAUAACUAUACCCAGUUCCUUGGAGUACCGCUCGGAUUGCGUAAUGUUCCCGGAUGUAAGAAUGAUCAGGAUAAAAAGAUCUCCGCACAAACGGUAGGUUCUGAUUAUUUAAGGAAUGCAGUAACAUUUUGAGCGACAUUAUUUAAUAACUCCAAUAUUGAAAGAGUUCGUGAAUAAGGGGCGGACCAUUAGAAAAGUGAGUGAUGGGGGGGGGGCUUUUUCAACUUGUACGAUAUUUUUUUAAAAAUUUUUUGGUUGUGUGGAUAAUUUUUUUAAAUAUAAUCCCUUGCACGAAUUUUUCUUUUAUUUCAACUUAUAAUUUUCCCUAUUGAAAAGUCUCUACACGAAUUUUUUUUCAAACUUUUUUGGUGCACGAAUUUGUUUUCUUUCUGUUUCCACUGCUCGAUUUUUAUUUUUGCUUCGCUUCAUGUCUUUUGUAUUGUGGCCAUCCGAAAUUCCGAAUAAAUCACUUCUACUUGACCGCUUGCAAUUCAAGUCCUUGAUUUUUAUAGACUGGUCGAUUGAUACAAAUUUCGACAACGAAAUUUAUGAAAUUUUUCUAUGCGUGCUUCAACUCAAGUGCACUUGUUUUGCGCAUGCUCCAGGGCACCGCGCUGUACUACCAUAUCUGGUUAAUAAUUAUUUUGAAAGCCAUGCUAUUUGCAUUUUGCAACUUGAAAAACUAGGGUAAAAUUUUGAAACUAAAACAAAUUAUUUCUACAAACAGGGCAGUCCAGUACCGCAAGCAGAAGUGAAGCCUGUGUUGAAAGAGAAAAAUAUUGAUUUAAAUCACACUGAAAACUACAUGAAGAAACCGGUUCUCUACAGUCCAAACAAGACGCCUGCAACAACUGUCACGUAUUGUUACUCGGCCAGUAAGCCAGCGUUGCAGCCAAUCAGUUAUUCCAAUGGAAUAUCACCCAUGAGUAUCGACAAGCCGAUUGUCACGAUCGGUAAGUAAGGACAUAACUUGAGUUUUUAUUGGAAGAGGGUGCACCGGAAUCGCAGGGCCUCAGAUUCGAUUCCUGUGCACCCUCUCCCGCAGGGCCCCAGAGAGCUAUAGUUGCAUUUUUCGCAACUUCUCCCAUUCUCGUCUCCAGGGCCAUUUUCACUCGGUCAGUUGUUCAAAAUUAGGCUCUGGGUUAGACGACUAAAGGGAGAGAUGUGAUUGGCUUCUCAGAGAACUGCUGUUUCGCAGAAGUUGAGCAGUUUUCGCAAGGCAAAAGUUUUCUAUCAACAUAUGCCAACACAAAUACUUCGUUUCUUCGUAAUACUUCUCUGUGAAAAUUGUUACGGGUUCUAAAACGUCCCGUUAAAUUCAAGAACACGCGCUUUAGAAACUACUGCAAGUUUUCUUGUACUUCCGGUUCCGUGUAUCCCAGGGCCCAUGGAGGUCGCGCGCGGCCAAGAGCCCCUGAGGACGAGGAUAAACUGCUCCUGAUUAGGUCUAAUAAAUGUAUAAAAUCCACACUCGAAAUUUCCAUAUUCAGAACCCUUCACAAUUUGUGAUGUCGAUGUAGCGGAUUUCGAUCCUGUGUCUUGAAUUUUCCAUUCGUUUCUUUGCAGAACACAAACCAGUUUUAACCAAUGGCAUCCUGUCACAUGACCGUACCACGUCGCCUGGCAACGAGCAACGUUUGCAACACUUGACACGCGGUCCUUCGCCAAACAAUGACGUCAGCAACAAUUACUUUACGUUUUCUCCAAGAAUAUCAUCACCUUCGAGUUGUUCAACAUCUUCCAUUUCAAUUGCCUGCGAUGAUCGUGGAAGUCCACGCGAGAAUCACAUAAGUCCACGCGAGAAUCACGUAAGUCCACGCGAGAAUCACGUAAGUCCACGCGAGAAUCACGUAAGUCCACGCGAGAAUCACGUAAGCCCACGCGAGUAUCACGUAAGUCCGCGCGAGAAUCACGCAAGUCCACACGGUGAAAUCAGCCCUCGUGAGAACGAGAAUCUCGAGUUCUACAAACCACCUGAAAAGCCGUAUCAAUGCGGACACUGUUCGAGUUCUUUCGCUCAACCUUCGGAACUCUCCGCCCACGUAGUCACGCAUACCAACGACAGGCCGUUCAAAUGCGGUUUCUGUGGACGUUCGUUCGCGGGCGCAAGCACGCUUUACAAUCAUAUGCGCACGCAUACUGGCAACCGUGCAUUUCUGUGCAAUAAAUGCGGAUGUAAGCUGGACACGGCGACGCAGCUCAGCCGGCACAUGAGAACUCCGGGAGAAUGUCCCAAGGCGAUUAAUGUAUCCCGCGAAGUUGUUCCCCCAUACAGCUCGACAAUGACCAGAGGAUAAAGCUGAAUAAGUGGUGAUUUAGUUGAACAACACGUGUUCCUAAGGAGCAGCGAGGAUGAAUAGAGGAUAUUUGUUCUAACAUCUAACACGAACCAUGAUUAAAUUUAUUAGAAGCGUUCUAGUUUUUUGAAUAUGAUGGCUGCUUGGAAUUCUUUUAGUAAGAUUACACGGCUUCAAGCAAUAGAUAAAGUUUAUUAAAGGAUCUUUUGGAAUGAGAUAUCCGUUCAAACUUUUGCCUUUAAUUCAGAAAUGUACGUCAUAGAUGCUCGAACCGGCUUUUGAUUGUAGAGUUGUAAAAUCACCACAGGCAUAAAAAAACGGGCAUGCAGAUGAGAAACUCGUUAGAAUUUAAAUUUUGGAAAAGGUUUAACCUGUAAUAAUUGCUUUGUAAUCUUUGCGUGACUGCUUUGUUCUGUAAUACUCUCUGAGUCUUACUCUUGCAGUACAAAUGUCGAGUUUAUGUAAAUAUUAAUCAGUGAUUGGCCGAUGAUCGGCAUCGGGCCGAUUUUGGCCUUAUCGGUAAACAAUCGGAAUCGGUAGAAUUAUCUGUAUUUCCGAUUGUGUCAAACCGAUUGUUGAGAAAAUACGCACUCAAUACAUUGCGCGUUGAUACUUUUAACGCAUUUUGGUUACGUUGGAAAUUAUCGUUAAUAAAUUGAAAUGAAUGACGUCACCUUUAAUAGAUCGUCUGGCAUUAUGAAGUCAUUGUAAACUGUAAAGUCAUUAUAAAAUCGGUAGAUAAUUCAAUGAAUAAUCGGUAAUUUCAGAUCGUGGCACAAUCGGUCAAUUACUAAUAUUAAACUCCGUUGCCAACUUUAUUCAACUGUCAUGCUCGUUUAAAAUGGAUUUCAAGGAAUCGAAGGCAAUGGAAUUCCCAAGUAAACCGUAUUUGAAUUUAGUUAUGCCAAAGAAGUCUGACUUUGCAACUCUCUUUCGCAUUAGUAUGUUGAGGUGUUUACUUAUUUUCCGUGAGGUCCAGCUUGGACAGUGGGAGAAAUUAUUUAAUGUUUCAGAUUGAGACAGUAUUAUAUUAUAUUAUAUAUGAAAUUUCUACAUACGGCAGGACCGUAUAUAUUGUUAGAAAAAGGCAGUGUGAAGGUUGGACAGUGUAUGUAUAGGCAUAUACUAUACAUUAUUAAUAUAAACAUUGUAGAUUAGUUCAAAAAAUGUGAAAACAUCAGCGCACAAAAUGCUAAUUAGUAAUGCAUGAUACAGUAGUUGUUAUUCGCAAAACGUUAUAGAGAAAUCGCUUGUAAAUAGUUGCGGAAUUAUAUUGUGCAGCCAAUCUUUAUU